AUGAUCGUUAAAUGCCGAAGGGAGAUGGAUCAUCUGGAAGAUUUGCGAGAAACAUUCAUAACUCUCAGAAAAUACAAGUUAAAGCUCAAUCCGCAAAAAUGUGUGUUUGGAGUAGUUGUCGGGAAGUUCUUAGGAUUCUUGGUGGAUCAACGAGAAAUUGAGGCCAAUCCUGACAAGAUACAAUCAAUUUUGAAUAUGACUUCUCCGUCCAAGAUUAAAGAAGUCCAGCGUUUGACGGGGUGUCUGGCCGCCCUUGGACGAUUUCUAUCUAAGUCUGGUGAUAAGUGUCAUCAUUUCUUCGCAACAAUAAAGAAGAAUGCGAAGUUUGAGUGGAUGGAGGAAGCAGAAAAGGCUCUUCAGCAAGUAAAAGAACACCUACGGCAAUUGCCCAGGCUAAUCAGCCCGGCCGAAGGAGAAAAAUUAUAUGUAUGCUUGGUCGUAUCUCCAUUCACGGUUAGUGUUGUUCUCUUAGCUGAAAGGGAAUCAGUACAAAUACCCGUCUACUUUGUUAGCCAUGUGCUAAAAGAUGUUGAGGGCAGGUACUCAAUGGUAGAGAAGUUCGGCCUGGCACUGCUUAUGGCCAGCCGGAAGCUAAGAUCGUAUUUCCUUACUCAUAGUAUCCUCGUCUAUACUGAUCAGCCUUUGAAGCAAGUUUUGCAUAAGAUGGAUGUCUCUGGACGAAUGCUAAAGUGGUUUGUGGAGCUCAAUAUGUUUGGCUUAUCGUUUGAGCUCAGAAAAGCGAUUAAAGGGCAGGCCUUAGCAGAUUUUAUUGUAGAGCUUACUCGGCCUGCAAUAGAAUACGUCCAAGACCCAGCAAAAGGAAAGCGGCAUUGGACCCUUAUGGUGGAUGGGUCGUCCACUGCCAAUGGUUGUGGAGAUGGGAUCAUCUUUCAAUCACCUGAGGGAGACAAGUUUGAAUACGCCAUGAAAUUCCAGUUCCAGGCUUCGAACAAUGAAGCAAAGUAUGAAGCUCUGCUAGCCAACAUCAAAAUGUGCAAGGCGGCCGGAGCCUUGGAAAUUGAAGCAAAGACGGACUCUCUACUGGUAGUCAGUCAAGUCAAUGGAGAUUUUGAAUGCAAAGAAGCAUCCAUGAGUAAAUACAUGAAUUUGAUUAAGGAAGAGAUAAAAAUAUUGAAACGGUUUGUUCUCGACCAAGUCCCAAGGUUGGAGAAUCAUCAAGCUGACGCUCUCUCAAAAUUAGCAAGUGUAGCCGAAGGGGAUGAGCCGAGGACUGUGUUUUGGGAGAUAAAGCCGGCCAAAAGCAUUGAUCAGAAGGAGGUUCUGUUCCUCAGCCGAGAAAACGUGUGGAUGAGUCCCAUCAUAGAAUACAAGAAAACAGGACAACUGCCCAUUGAUCCUUUGGAAGCUAAGUAUGUAAAGGCCAGGGACAAGUGGUUUGAGCUGUGGGAUGGAACUUUCUACAAAAUGGCUUUUAACCGGCCACUCCUCAAGUGUAUUUCUCGGGAAGACGGCCUAGAAGUCCUAAAAGAGCUGCAUGAAGGAGCUUGUGCUUCCCACAAUAGGGGAAGGGCAUUAGGAGAAAAGGUCUUAAGGACUGGUUACUAUUGGCCUACAUUAAAGGAGGACGCUUUGUUGUAUGCAAAGAAGUGUAAUAGUUGCCAAAGGCAUGGCAACAUUUAUCAAAAGCCGUCCAACUAUCUGACUCGAGUUCUCUUUCCCCUCCCCUUUGCCAAAUGGGGAAUGGAUAUUCUUGGGCCCUUUCAUGUAGCAGCCGGCCAGAAAAAAUUUGUGAUAGUAUCAGUAGACUACUUCACAAAAUGGGUGGAGGCUGAAGCAAUGAGAGGAAUCAAUAGCAAUGAUGUGAAAGGAUUCGUCUGUAAGAACCUCAUCACAAGGUUUGGGAUGCCUCAGUCUAUCGUUUUCGACAAUGGACCACAGUUUGAGACACCCAAGCUCCGUGAAUGGCUGGCCGAUCAGGGUAUUAAAGCUCACUUUGCUGCAGUUGCUCAUCCUCAAGCAAAUGGACAAGUUGAAGCCUUCAAUAAGAUCUUAUCAGCAGGAAUUAAAAAGAAGCUAGACAAUGCAAAAGGGUUGUGGGUAAAAGAGUUAGAGUUGGUUCUUUGGUCGAUCAGAACAACGGUCAAGAACUCAACUGGAGAAACUCAGUUUAUGCUCGUCUAUGGCUCAGAGGCCGUCCUCCCCAUUGAAAUUGAAGAACCAACUCUGCGAGUCAUGCCAUAUUCAGAGGAUACCAAUUGGGCUGCUCUCCGGACGGCCUUAGAUCAGGUGCCUGAAGUAAGGGACAAUGCUCUGUUAAGGACGCAACUCUAUAAAUUAAGAAUGGCUCGAGAAUUUAACAAGAGAGUGGCAAGGCGGCCACUGAAGAAGGGAGACCUCUUCCUAAGAAAAAUGGAAGUAGUCGGCCGAGCCAAGGAAAUGGGUAAGCUCACCCCCAAUUGGGAAGGACCUUACAAGAUUGUCCAAGAAGUUCAGAAUGGUACCUUCUGUCUAGAGCAAAUGGACGGUCGUUCUGUUCCAAGGACGUGGAACUCUAAUACUUUGAAGAAAUACUUUGUUUAA